CUCUAAUACUGACCUCCCUUCCUUCUGCUUCAAACAGCUCUGCCGCCGAGGGCCAGGAACCCCUUGACCGUUCAUCCCAAGGAACCUCUGGUGGAAGUCGGGGGCUCCGUUCAACUGCAUUGUUCCUUGGAUUGCCCAGGAGGCAAAGUCCAGUGGGAGGGCCUAGACACCGACCUGGGAAAUGUCAUUUCCGACCACACGUCCAGCAUCCUGACUGUGACCAACGCAGCAGUGAGGAUGGAAGGCUUGAAGAUCUGCACAGGCCAAUGCCAAGGGAAGACCUUCCAGAAGACAGUGGAAUUACAGGUGUAUUCUCUUCCAGACACCCUGCAAUUGGACUCCCAGCCUGAAGUGCCAAUGAUUGGGCAGCCAGCCCAUCUCUCCUGUUUGGCAAGUCAUGUGUACCCUUCUGAUGCCUUCACGCUGAGCUGGUUCCAGGGAGACAAGAGGAUGGAGCGUCACGUGGAAGAAGAGAUGGAGGAUUCUGACCUGUUUACAUUUCGUUCCAAAUUGGAGAUCCCAACAGCUGUGGAGCAGACAACCUACCGGUGCGAGGCACGGUUGCAGAUUGGCCAGCGUCUGUUCAGUCAAAGCAGGAGAGUAACCAUUCAGGCCCAAGAGACACAGGAGGCAGCCACCAUGGCAGAAACCGCCUCUUCCCAGACAGCUACAAUGACAACUCUUUUGGGGACUCCAGAGAGACCUGUCUCUGCCACUGCUAGGAAUUCUUCUCUUGAGGCACUCACCCAAAGCCUUCCACCCCACCAUUCCACCAAGCAUCCCACCAUUGGUACUACCACAGCUUCCCCUGUCCUGGAAUCUCGCCCCACCAUGGGGAGACACCCUGCCCCCGGACCAGCUUCUACAGCACGGAUCCCCUUGGGGGAAGCCUCAGCAGUCUCUUCAAAGCCUCCGGGGCUUUCCAGCACUACUGGAAUGCCCCCCUCGCCGACUUCGACACCCCUCCCAGAGACCUCAGCUAAGCUGGGGGUUACUUCAAAAGCCCUUCCCACGACAGACGGGGAUCCUGCCACCGAGCUUGUCUCUACCCCAAACAGCCUUCCCACCAAGAGGACGGCUGCCGCCAAGGGGCUAAACCAAACUGUGACUGGGGCCGGUGCCGGUGCCCCAGGCAGACUCUGCAGGCCUGUGAUCACACCGUUCCCUCCCCAAGGGACCCUGGGGGGAAGGCUCCACAUCACUUGCCACGCAGUGGAAUGUCACAAAGACAUCCAGGUCCAGUGGGUGGAAACUCCUGUGGAUCAGUCCCGGUACCACCAGGAGAGGGCUGAGGGCCAGUCCAUCCUGGCAGUGGACAGCGUCCGCUCAGAACACCAAGGGCUCUACCAGUGCGUCGUGAUGACCAGCCAGCCCCGGAUGGCCAGCAUACGUGUCAAGGUGGUGCCUGGUGAUGCGUUCAGCACCCACACCAUCAUCACCAUUGGGGCAGCAGGCUCUGUCUUGGGAUUGUUUGUUGCCAGCUACAUAUCCCGGCGAGUGUGGCAACGCCACAGCGGCUAG